GAGCAUCUGCGGACUCACAGAAUCGUCACAUGUUCAGUAAUGGGAAAAAUAAUGAUGGGGUCAUCAGAUCGUGUCUUUGUCCCCCGGGUUUCGGCGGGACUCGUUGUCAAGAUCAAGGAAAAAUGGUGGUGAUUGACGUGGAUUGUGGAGAGACGGAAAUAGUGGCAGAAGACGGAAUCAUCAUAGAAUUCGCAGCCCUCGGCGUUCUUCCGGGUUAUCCACCACCAGACACGUGUCCGUCUAGGUUCACAGACCGGAAACCCGGUGGGGUUCAUCAAUUGCAGGACGAACCCGGCAAGGGGUUCAGCAAGACCGGGUUCGGACCCUCUCGGGGUUUGCUGGGCAAUUUCAACGACACGGACGGACGGAAUUUCUCGGGUUCUUGCUACUCGGAAAGUACAUUGGCUUUACUUCGGUUCUGACUGGGAUUCUACUACAGGAAGCCCUCCAGGCAGAAGCCGGUGUCUAGCAUAGACAAAUGCGCCAAAGACUGCACAUUCCACCCGCCGACUAGGACCUGUUACUGCUUCACCGGCAUCACUGGCACCUGGGCGGAGACUCGAGGAGAGUGCCUUCAACGUGGGGGCGACAUCGCGCGGAUCAUCCGCGACCAGCAAACCUUCAUCCCUGCUGUGCUCAUGGGACUCAUGCAGUACAACAACAGGAACCACAGGGAGUUUUAUGUGCAUCCGGAAACAGUGUCUAGCAGUGAUGGUGCGAGACCAGCUCAGGUGAUCAAACCAGACCAGCCUAGGACUGGGAUGGUGGUGCGGGUCAAUAGUGGCGGCGGUGCCAACAGUGGUGUUGCUGGAGACCCAGUUACCACCAGGCUCGCCAAUGGUGGUGACCAGAACCUAGCAGCCAUUUGCAGUCUGGCCCCAAUCAUCAGUGAAGUAGUGCAAGAGCCUCAAACUACUACGCCACCAAUAACCACUGAAUCAUCAUCAGCAUCAACCACCACCACCAGCAGAACAACCACCAUCACCACCACCACUGCCACCACUGCCAAAGCAACUGCUCCUAAAUCAACAGUGGCACAAGAAAUGACAACUGAUGAAGUGAAAACUAAGAAACCACCACUGCUGAAAACUAGGUUCUGUCGUGGCACGGACUUGAGUGAAAUUGAGGAUUCCUACGAAUUCCCUAGAGCAAGGGAAGGGGAAGUAGCUGAAAGAAAUUGCCCUCUGGGCUGGGCAGGAGUCGCCAGAUGGCGCUGUGGCGAAGGCGGCGAAUGGGCCUCCAAAUAUCCCGACUUUUCAGAUUGCGCAUCGCCUUUGAAUAUUGAGGACGCCCUAAUGAAGCUCAACAGUUCGGAGAUGACGAACCCCGCAGAAAUCCUCUACAGAGUGGCAAAAGAAGCCUAUGAAUCCCCAGUUUCAGGCUCAGAGUUGCCAAAAAUCGGCGCAUUUCUAGAACAAGCAGCCGAUGAACAGGCUGAAUACAUCGCCGAACUCCCGCAAGAACUCGCCAAAGAAUCCGCUUUGCAAUUCCUGACACGGGUUUCGAAUUUGACGACAAGUAUCCUGAGGAAACCCAUCAUUUGGGAAACGAUUCCGGCGAAAUCCAAGAAAUCCGCGGCGACCAAAGUGCAAAACGGCGUCGAAAAGGCCGCCUUGCAGCUCGCGAGCAAAUUGGAGGAAGGAGAUUCGCGGAAAAUCAGCACAGAGGGAAUCAGCAUACGAACGCUGAAAGAGGCAUUUAACCCGAGCUCUGUGAAGGACAUCGUCUUCAAGUACAACGAUUCAGAAUUAACCAUUCCUGCUGAAUGGAUAAAUUCCAUGAUGGAUCCUCGCAAAAAGUCGCUGGAAGUCGCAUUUUUCGGCUACAAUGAUUUGCACAAAGUCUUGGAGAGCUACAAAAAUAUGGAAGGGGAAGAAUACUUUGAAAACGGCGAUGACGAAAUGCAAUCAGUCGACGGAUCUGGUGUGGGUAAAGUGGACGGCCUGAACUCCCAAAUAAUUGGCGCGAGCGUGAAUUUUGGCAAGAGGCGAAUCGCCAGGAUGGCGCAAGAUUUAGCGAAUUCGGGAUACAACGCAGAAACGUCGGUGGACGGGCCACGCAUCAAAUUCCGCAAUUUGCGAACGGUUGAUGUCAACGAUGGGAAUGGGUCCGUCAUGUGCAGUUAUUGGCACAUUGGCAGAGACGAAUGGGCCACAGAUGGCUGCCGAAUGGUGCUUUUGACCCCGUCCGAGACCAUGAAAAAGGCCAUGACUUGGAUAACCAUCUCAGGAUGCAUCUUGUCCAUCAUCUGCAUGCUUUUGACUGCAACCAUAUUCACAUUUGUCAAAAGCAUUGGAGGAGAAACAGCAUCCAUUCACAGGAAUCUCUGCCUAUGUCUCAGCUUCGCGGAAAUAGUUUUAUUGGCAGGCCUGGACGCGACAUCUAGCAAACUUGGCUGCAGUUUCGUCGCAGCGCUGCUCCACUACUUAUUCCUUGUCGCCUUCGGAUGGAUGCUGGUCGAAGGGGUCCAAAUUUACUUGAUGGUCACUCAAGUUUUCCAGUCGAAAAAGUCCAACAAAAUAUGGUUCGUCAUUUGCGCAUUUGGCAUCCCUGCGCUGAUUGUUGGCAUAACUGCUGCUGCGACCAAAGGCUCAGUUUAUGGAACCCGUCAUCAGUACGAAAAUUUCACCUUUUUGAGAGAAAGAAAUAUGCCCCGCAAAUUUUACUUUUUGCAAAAUAAAUACGAAAAUUUCUUUUUCAACAGUUGCUGGUUUGAACCAGGAUCCGCUGCUUUUCUCUCAUUCGUUGUGCCUUUGGCCGUCGUGAUCACUGUUAAUGCCUUCAUAUUGAUUGUGGCACUGCGGAAAGCAACGCAUAGGAACCAGAAGAAGCCCUUGGAUACCCGAGAUGAAAUCCGGGUCUGGGCAAAAGGAGCCACUUCAUUGUCAUUUCUUUUGGGUUUGACUUGGAUUUUCGGCUUCUUCAUGGUUGGACACGGAAGCUCAAUAAGCGCAAUUAUUUUCACUGUCCUCAACUCGACUCAAGGGAUUUUCAUAUUCUUGUUUUACGUCGUCAUGAACAAACGAACCAGGAGAGAGACUCUGAAGAAGAUUGACAGAACUUUUCCGAUUUUCCAUCCACUUUUGGCACAAUUCGUUCCGGAACUUUCAACUUCCGGAGGCACCAAAAAAGGAACUUCUUCUGGCACAAGGACCACUUCUGCUAGUGGGGAACAUUCAGUGAGCAAAGUUUGCAGGGAAAACACGCACAGGUCGACACUGAAAUGGCUGAAGUGGAAAUACACUUUGCACAUCACGAAAUCAACAGACAGUGCAGCUCCUUUCAGUUUUGACACAGAGGACAACGUGCAAAGUUCGCCUGAACGCUCUCCAGCCAUCCCUGAGAACGACGGGAGCGACACCCAGCGGCAAAUGAAUCCAAUGGCGAAACACAACCACAACGAUUCGGACUGAAAUCCUCUUUUCCAGUGUACAUUUUUUUCCGAGGAAGCAGUGAAACUCAUGCAAUGUGUCUCAGAGCUU